ACCCCAAUCAACCAUUUCAUGUCAUCAUCUACAAACUAUCCAGCCCAUUAACCAUUGCACCAUCAGCCAUAGCACCAUCUCUCCCAGUCAUCUUACCCCCAUCUACUGCAUCUAGUAUUCAACUAGUUGCAGCAAAGAUAGGUACGGUACACAUGCAUGUUCUUGGACUCUUAACAUCUACGCAUCUGCAUCUACGUAUCUACACUACUUACAUAUAACUCCAACUUCAUCUCAACACUGAACUACUCAUAUCUGUAAAAAUCAUAAUCCCAAGUAGUUCCUCUUGUAACUCCUUUUCCAACCGAAUCUAGAUGUGAUCUUGUAUCAUGCGACCUUUUCCUGGCGAAGACGCUUGGAGCGGGCGUCAGCGCUUCGCCGACCACGAUCCCGCUCCCCUUAUGGCCUCUGUCUCCAAUAGCCAGAUGUCAUUUGUCUUUGCUGAUGAAUCCUCCAUUGAUUCAUAUAUCGAACAUUCAAACCAAAACCAAAACCCUCAUAGUCGUUUCCUGGAUGCUCGGAAGGCUGCUACUACUACUACUUCUGCUGCUAAUAUCCUGCCCCCUCGCAAAGACAAGAAAGAGGUCGAUGCAUCGAGAUACCCUUCGUGGCAAUCGGAAAAGGAAAGAGACGAUACUUCUGCAUGCUCCCCGACAUCGAGAGCCUCCAUCUUUACCCACAGUCCCGCCUCGAUGAGAUCCCAGAACCACUCGUCUCCUUCGCGGCCUAUAACACCCAUGAUGCUGGGUACAUCCUAUACUGGAUCUAUCAUGAGUAGUCCAUCUUCUCGGAGGAACUCACUUACCGAGUCUUGGUCAGAGCAUGCUGUCAGUUUCGACGACGAACCCCUCGACCAAAGUUGCUCCAACAUGUUCGAAAGUGGUGAUACACCUCAGUUGGUAAUGCCUAGUAUUAAAAUGCCAAGCCGACGCCCAUUCACCGAAACAGGCAAGAGCCUGGGGCGACUAAAGGUGUUGUUUGCUGGUGACUCUGGUGUCGGAAAGACUUCCAUGGUUAAGGCAAUUGUCCAAAUCUGCGAGCACAUUGUUCAUGUCGACCCUAUCCUCUCGGAGGCAGAGCGAAAUAAGCCCAAGGAGCGCGCCACCUCAUCGAAGAGGGCAUCAAACUCAACAUCUGGCAUAUCUGAAAUAUAUGCCAGUACUAAGCCAUAUCCGGAAUGGUGGUCUAUGUUGGAUGAACCUCAUAAUUCGGAAAGGCGCCAAAGCCUAGGUGACAGUAUUCUAGAGCGUAACGUAUGCUUUGUAGAUACACCUGGUUAUCGGAAUGGAUCAUCUGCGAUGGAGACCAUUAUUCCUUGUGUCGAAUACGUAGAGGCUCAUCUAAACAGGAUGUUCUCAGAUUCUCUGAGUGACUCGGAGAUGCUGAAUAUGCUUGGAGGCGGCGGAGGCUUUCAAGUCGAUGUCGUUUUCUAUCUUAUAUCUCAUAAGAUGAGGCCAAUUGACUUGGAAUACAUUCGACGGUUGAUGCCCCUAACGAAUGUCAUUCCCGUUGUAGCUCGUGCCGACUCAUUAUCGCCAGAACAGCUCGUAGUGUGUAAAGAGCAAAUUUCCAGCCAGCUCCGGCAAGCUGGUCUCCAGCCUUUUAGCUUCAUAGCGGUGCCCAGCCAACAGUCUUCAACACUGGUGCCGGAUAUUCCUUACGCUGUAUCCAGCACUACCGGCUCGGACCAUGAAAUAAUGGACGCAAGUCUCCUAAUGAGUUCUGAUUAUGUCCAACCCUUAAUCACGUCGGAGCUCAGAUAUUUGGUCGAAACUGUGUUCAGCCCAAACGGGGUAUCCUGGCUCCGACAUGCCGCUGCCAAGAAGUACCUAGAUUGGAGGACGACUACUUCGUCACGACCGCGCCACUUGUACAGGCCGUUGAACUUCGCGGGUGCAACACCAUCGUCCACUUUAGCUCUACCAUCAGAAAAUAAGACGGAAGCACACACGUCCCUAGCCCUAGCUCGCCUUAACGGUGCACAUAGAGAUCAAGGCCCGCCACAGCUUCACGUAGUAGAUUGGGCUGCUGAUCUUCAGCGCAGUCUAGCUGGCGAGCGAGCUAAAUACGAAGCACUUGCUCGGGGGGAAAGGGCGGUUUGGCUUACAGAAAAAUUAAGCGAAUGUGUGCAGGAUGGCACACUUGUGGCUCUUCGUAAGGCUAACGGCAACAGACCGGUGGAAGCAAGGAGAGCAUCCAAACGCACAUUCUCCAAGAGGACAGAACAACAUCAGGAUCCGUUAGGAUUGCUUCAAGUGGCAGCAGACUUGAAGGCAAGAGGGUGGGUUGCUCUAGAAGUGGUAGGUAGUCUCGGGGUGGUUGGGGGUCUGGCGUUCUGGCUAUCGAGGCAUCAUUGGCAAACAGAUCCUGUUCAACUGGCAGAUGAGUGGGCGAGACAUUGGGGGAUGGACAUCUAAGAUACCCUCGUAUAUGUAACUAUACCUUCGUUGUAAGAGUCGCUUUGGAGGUGAUAACCCUACUCACAACAAAAUACCAUGUUCAACUAGGUACGUCUGUAGGACCAGUGUAGGUUAUGGUAUGUAUGAUGUACCUACCUAUGCAAGUUUGAGCAUUUGGAUCAUGUAGUUUUAUUUUGGCAAGGCCAAAAUAUACAUACAGUGCCAUACAUAUUACAGGCAACUUUUAAUCCCUAAAAUGUGCCUAUGGA